ACACAGUGCACAGUACACACUUGGCUCCAGACUUUCAAAACAAACACUACCCCAGUGCUUCACUCUUGAUUCAGCCAAUUGGGUGGUGGCCCCCAUCCGGCUGUCCUGAUUGGCUAGCAACACACGCACGCACGCACGUACGCGCUCGCUAGCGAUUACGCAGGAGAAAGGAGGGAAGCAGAAAGAGAGAGAGGGAGUAGGAAAACUUGUUAUGCAGGCGAUGCUGCUGUUACUGUUGCUGUGAGCUACAAGUAGGACAAGGUGAAUUCGCACAGGUCCACAAUCUUCUUCCAGAUGUGUCGAUCACUGUGAGGCUCCACAUCUGUUCACUCCACUGGAUCCUUUCCGACAGCAUGCAGAAUCUCCGACACGCUGCGACUGAAGCGUUCCAGCGGCUGGGUUUGAAGCAGAGACACAUGGGCUAUCAGGAGCUAGGAGAGUUGGAUGGCGUGGAAACUCCUCAGCCUCAGUGGUUUCACACUCUACAAGUGCGCAGGCUCCGUGCGCAGAGAGGACGCAGCAACAGCGACCCACUGGGCGGAAAGAACUUUCAGCCAGAGUUUCAAUGGAACACAGGUCUGCAGUUUGGAACGGCGAAUUCAUACCUGAACCUGGAGAAACUAGGAGAGGGUGCAUACGCUACAGUAUACAAAGGAAUAAGCAGGAUAAACGGGCACUUGGUGGCGCUGAAGGUCAUCCGAAUGAAAACGGAGGAAGGCGUUCCUUUCACUGCAAUCAGGGAAGCCUCUUUGUUAAAAGGCCUCAAACACGCCAACAUUGUCCUGCUCCAUGACAUCAUCCACACACGCGAGUCCCUCACCUUCGUCUUCGAGUACAUGCAAACAGACUUGGCUCAGUAUAUGAUCCAGCAUCCAGGAGGACUUCACCCAUGGAAUGUUCGCAUCUUCAUGUUCCAGCUGUUGCGAGGUUUAUCGUAUAUCCACAGCAGGAGGAUUCUGCAUCGGGAUCUUAAACCUCAGAACCUGCUCAUCAGCUACCUGGGCGAGCUCAAACUCGCCGACUUUGGUCUAGCCAGGUCCAAGUCGAUCCCGUGCCAGACAUACUCAGCAGAAGUCGUGACCUUGUGGUACAGACCACCUGAUGUUCUCCUGGGGUCCACAGAUUAUUCUACAGCACUGGAUAUCUGGGGCGCAGGCUGCAUUUUCAUCGAGAUGCUACAGGGGGUGCCAGCGUUCCCCGGCGUGGCUGAUGUUUUUGAACAGUUGGUGAAAAUCUGGAGAGUUCUCGGCGUGCCCUCGGAGGAGAGUUGGCCGGGAGUGAGCGAGCUGCCAAACUAUAAAGCGGAAUGGUUCCUGCCAUGCAAACCCCAGCAAUUCAGAGAUGUCUGGAAAAGAUUUGCACAGUUACCCUAUAAGACGGAGGACCUGGCGCAGCAGAUGUUGACGAUGAUUCCAAACGAAAGGAUUUCAGCCCAGGAUGCGUUACACCAUCCCUACUUCAACACUCUGCCUCCGCCUGUGAUGCAGCUGCGAGAUACCGUAUCCGUCUUCAAGGUGCCUGGGGUGAGGCUGGAGACGGAAGUGAGUGAUAUCUUCAGCCCCAACAGACGGAUGAAAUCCUCCCUCGUGCCCCAGAGGAAAUGCUGGUGAGAGGCUCCUGCUGGCCCACGUCGACCACACAGAACUUUUCAGAAGAGGAGGAAAGAAAAAACAAACUCUUGGUAAUGGAGGAUCAUCAUGGAUUCCUCGUUCGCAAGAAUAAUAGAACAAUCCUGAGUGAUGCUUUUAAGGGGACUAUUCAUUUGUAGUGAGCGUGCAUUGGUCAGGUCUUGGGAAGGAAGGAAGGAUGGAUGGAUGGUAUGGAGGACAUGCUGGAGUCUUGAAGGCGUGGUAUUGAAAUCAGUGAAGGACUUGACAUAAGUAGCACUUUUGAUAUAGCAUACGGAGGUGCCAAGAUCUACAGUUUAACCAUAGUGUUUUGUAUUUUGUAUCAUUUCGACACCUGAAAACCUCUGAACCAAAGUCAGUGAGAACAAAUUCAGAUCAUAAUGAUGUGAAAGAUGCUCAUUUGCAUCUGUUAGCAGUUACUUUUGCUUUCUUUGAGAAGAAUCGGUAUUGGGAGCCGAUACAAAACGAGAAGGUGUGGCUGUAGUGUUUUUGGUUGGUAAAAAAAACUGAGGAACUGUCUCUUAUUAACUAUCUUAUAGCGCAACUAUUACGGUUUUGAAACGUGCCUAAUUUUGUUUUAAAUGUCUCAUACAAUAGAUUUACAUGCAUCCAAUAUCAAAAAACACUUUAAUGUGCUCAUAAUUUAAAUCACAGCAUUACCUUUUUUCCCCCAGUGUCACAAAUGACUCGUUAAACUCCUCCUUUCAGAGAGCAUACUCUGCUCUGAUUGGUCAGAUGUCCCAGUCUGUUGUGAUUGGUCUACCGCUAUCAGCGAGCAGCCAAUGAAGACCAGAGGCGGGGCUUUUUGUUACAAACCUAUGUAGGUUAGUACAGGAAGUAAAGUCUGGAAUUACUGACAAUUCGUUUCAGCUGUUCAGAAUCACUUCCUUCUUUUGGGAGUCAAUAACUCUGUUUGUCGUGCGCUUUGAUUUCUGAAACUUUGCAGAUGUUUUUACAUUCAAAAACAGCUCUAUAACACACUACAUGAAAGGUAAUAUUUGAAAAACCAUAAUAGGUGCACUUUCACACCAAACAUUUGUCUUGCUGUUUUUUUCACUGUUGCUUGGUGCACAUCUGGGGGGAAAACUGUCUAGCUCAUCCAUUGAAAUGCUUGAGUUUCAGUGUUAGCAAUGUUGGCAUCUCUGUAGCAUAUCAUUCAUGUAGAUUUUUUAAAAUAUUUCUCCGGAAUACCCGUUAAAGUGGAAAAAAGUGAGCCAGAGAGAAAGAGAUUAAAAAUCUUUCACAUAUGCACGCUGACCCAUGAGUGUUAAGGCAAAUUGCAAACUCAAAGGUCAUGGCCAUAUGGGAACAAGAGCUGGAUCAGAUUCCAGUUACCACCAAAGAGAGAGAGAGAGAGUGAUGAACAAUACUUUCCUGGAAGUUCUUCAUUCUUCCAAAUCCUUUCAGGUGAUGUCUUGUUAUUUUUCAUGGUCCUGUCAGACCGCUCCCUCAGUUUGACAUCUUAUUGUGCUAGGUUUGUACAGCAUUUAGCCUGUAUGCUGUCUAAGUGCAAUCUGAACAAAUAUAUUUCACAGAUCAUUGUGCUAAAAUAAAAAGGAUAACUCUGUGUCGAACGGAUUUCUUUAGCCAUGCUCUCCUGUUAAUCAGGACUGUUGAUUUGGUACUUACUGCUCGCUGAUUAAAACCCGGGAACAGGAGUAUAAAGUAGAAUCAUCUCACAUACCGUUCCAGCUGUUGGAGCAACAUCUGCAUACACUGAUGACCCGAAUCAUCGGCUGUAUGAUGAUUUCAUAUCCGUACAGGUGUGUAGCAUGUGAGCAGAGCACAGCUGGUGUCGCAAAUGUGUAUGUAUUAGUCCAAAUGCUUAAUUCUGUUCAUGUUCCAAUAAAUAUCUCUCUCAGACCAGACGACCGUCUAUUUGACUUCCUUGAUUUUCUAAAAAAAAAAAAAAAACGACGCCUCAUCACAACACACAGUGAGAAAUAUUUUUAAAAAACAGUACAUUGUGAAAUGUCACGCAAGACUCUCACAGGGGUAGGGUUACAUACAUACCUGGAGGGUUUUCACUUUAUACACACACACACACUACAUGCACUUCCCUCACUUCAUCUCUCUUCCUCCAUUUUUUCCCCUCAUGCAUUUUAGCACUGUCUCUUUCUUCUAAUCAAACCAUUCUAGUGUGCCAUCACAAUCUGCCUUUAAAUCUAAGCUAAAUACCUAUCUUUUUGAUUUGGCAUGUAAUCAAUGAGGACGUUUUAUUGCACUGUAUUUUAGAAACGAUAUUGUAUUGUCUAAGUGUUCUGUUUUAUUGUGCAGCACAUUGGUCAACACUGGUUGUGUUUAAUGGUGCUAUAUAAAUAAAAUUGACAUUGACGUUUUCCUAUCACUGUUGUAUGAAUAGUACAGUACGCAGUGGCUCCAUCAUACUCCAGUUCACCUUCACAUAAAACACGUCUCCCACCGAUUCUUAAACGAGCUGAUCUCAGCGCAGACAAAAGCCCUGUGUGUUGAGUUUCCUCUCCGAGACACAGUCAGCAUGCUUUGAUGAAAUGAUUCAAGGCUGUUAAAAAAAAAAGCAAGCAAGCAGUUACUCAUAAUCUUCUCCAUAUUUGCUUUGCUUAAGUCGUUUUGAUGUGGUCUCGUAACCUGGUGUUCUGACAGUUCAGACGAUGGUUGCCGAUUCAUUUUAAAUCAGCUUACAAGGUGUGUGUUUAAUAUGUUUAAUAUAUGUGCUGUUUUGUUUUUUUUAGAGAAUUUUUAGAGACGUGUGAAUAUACAGUAUUAUAUAUACUGGUGUGUGACAAAUUAAAGGAAAAAAACUUGUCCUUUCCUAUGGUGGAAAACCUUUACUUCUGACUGAUA